UAUUUAAAUUUGUUAAAGAAAUUACACUGAAACAUCGAAGAAAAUUUUGAUAAAUUUAGAUUUAAGUCAAUUUUUACGUCAAUUUAAGUCAAAUCACAGACUUGCACUUCAUUCAUUAGUGUGUGUAAAACAUCCAUCAGUUUGUGAAUGAACAGAUUGUUUUAGGCUGAACAGUGUAACAGCUGUUGCUGUUAAAAAUGCCCAGGUCGCGUCAUUCUUUCAGCACCAACUCCAUUCACAUGUUUGCUGUCGCUAAACCUCCUCAAUCUGUUUUCCCUCCUGCCGUCUGUUGGAAAGAAAGAUCUUACCCUUAAUCUGUUAAGAUCAAACAUCAUACAGCAGCUAUUGGCCUUUCGCAGCUUUAAGACUAAACCUAUAUAUUAAUAAUAACAGUUUGAAAAAAUUCAGGCUAAAAUAAAUGCUAACUUUUGACACCAAAUAGCUGCAGUUUGAGUAACAGCAUGUCUGUGGUUUCUUGUCUCUCACAUGGCUGUGAAACUAAUGUGAUUAUAAACAAUUACGUCAUUUGGGAAUUAGCUGAGCACAGAUGCAGGGGAGGGAACGAGCUUUAAAAACAUGUAGCUCAGGACGACUGCUGGAGACAGAGGAAAGACUGUGAGGGAGUGAGUGACUCUGGACAUAAGGUGGAUUCCUGGGUCAUAAUAUGAGCAUCUGAAGAGCUUCUGACUACAGCUUUUGCAAUCAUUUAUGAGACUGGCCUGUUUAAAAAGCGGGAAAACAGUGAAAUACCAGCAACCUUGACUCUUGCCCUUCAGUAUCUUCGAGUUAAAGAGAAGUGCGAAGUUAAGAAGUGAUGAGUGCUGUGGUGAAGAAAUCUCUUGGAGCGCCUCUCCGACAGCUGACCAGCUGCGUGACCGGGGAUCAGGACGCUUGUAGCCGAAAAGGAAAGGCUGUGCGCCGGAAGAGCGCCCCCUGCUGCUACGGGCCGACCGCACACGAUUCAUCUUGGCUACGGACUUACCAAGCCGAACUGCACAAAGAAAGGAAACACAGACAAGUCAAAUUUGCACAGAAGAACGCAGAAAGAGCCGCCAUGAGGGUGCAUUACAGAAGUCCACACCGCUACGCCAAGGCACCGGUUCAGAGGACAAACCUAAACAGCAAGACCUCCAGCAAAAAUGACAACUCUCUUUUUGGCGCCUUCCAAGGGCUCAGUCUGAACCUGAACGCAGCACAAGCCUCCAUCACAAACUCUGUUCAGUAUCUGAGGUGAACGAUGAGACGCUGCACUCCAGGAGUAUUGUCCAAUUAUGAAAUGUAAAGGGUAACGCACACCCAAAUGGUGAUUGUUAUUUUAUUUAUAUCAGUUUUACACUUGUGGUGAAACAAGGUUGAAAAUGAAACCAGUUAUUGUGAAAAUACCCUUUUAAAAUUUUUACUAUAAAAUUCUACAUUCAUUUCUUUGUGUUACUUAUGUUGUUCACCAACAUUUAAGUGUAUGUGCACUUCACGUUUUGUCCAUGUUUCUGUACUUUUUAAAAAUUCUUUUGUUAUUUUCUUCGCUGAAAACGUUCAGUCACUUCAAAACAGAUGAACUCCAGUUGAACUCCUAUCUCCUCUCAGAUGCCUCAAACUACGCUCUGUGUCUACUUUAGCUGCUGCAAAACUAUUGAACCAGCUCAUGUGUCUGGCUUUCUUUUACUGUACGAUUUUUCCAAUAAAGAUGCUCCAGAUCAGUUUUGCAGAUCAAUAAUUAGGCCAAUCCCUGGUGCUGUUUAUGGGUUAUGCCAUUGCAUUUUCACUGUCAUCAAUGACAAAUCAAUAUAUUUAAUAUUAUCAUCAUUUAAAAUGCAGUUUUCCUUGAACCUCUUGUUAUGAAAACUGCUCAUACGCUUUUUAUUUGUACGUUUUU